GUUCCUAAAUUAAAACGUUUUGGCAGUCCAAACCAGAGUUAGUACUACAGUACGUGUACAUGAUUAUUUAGCCCGUGCAGUACUAGUAGAUAGAUAACCCACCUUAUAUACGCUUCAAAUCUCAGUCCAGGAUUGAUACGGGCCACCGUAAGGCCUUGUACAAUGGGAGGUGUUUAGGAGAAGUGUUUAGAAAAAUAAAUCAGGAUUUCUUUAAGCACCGGUGCUUAUUUAUACAGGGUAGACGUUUAACUAAGCGUCUCUCCUAUAGAAAUAGGCACCGGUGCUUCAGAAAAACCCGGUUUAUUUUUCUAAGCACCUCCCUAAGCAUAUCCCAUUGUACAAGUCCUAAGCCGAUUGUUUUUGUGGAGUCCGCUUUACUAGCUAGGCACUCCCGUGGAAGUUACCCGCCGCCUCGACAAACAAACACACAGAUCGAUCCGUCGCCAAGCAGAUCGAUCGAUGGCGCGCGCACGCGUACGCCACGCCGGCGGCGAGAUCGCGGACGACGACAUCCUUCGCGAGGUCUUCGCGCGCCUGCCGGGCUUGCAGGACCUACUCCGCUGCGCAGCCACCUGCAAGCGAUGGCUCCACAUCGUCACCGACCCGGCCUUCCUCCGACGCGUCGGCGUCUGGCCGGAGACGGCGCGCCGCCCGUCAGUCCUCGUCGGGAUCUUCUCAGAACGCGUACCCAACCACGCGCAAGCAGUUAGAAAAAAUCCACACUCCAGCCCUCCGAGCUUCCUGAGCCUUCAGGCCAGCGGCGCCCAUCUCACCUUCGACUCCGUCGUCCCCAACGACGACGGGCUCUUCAACCUGGCAAGACCACUCGCAUCGCGACGCGGCCUUCUCCUCGUGCGCAUCAUGCCGCCUACCCGGGUCGACUGCUACCACAGCCAUGAAGUCCGUGAAGAGCUCCAUCUGGUGGUAUGCCGCCCUCUGAUCGACAGGCAGCGCAGACUUCUACCGCCGCUUUCCUUCCCCACGAACCAUGGAUAUGGGUACUUGGACAGAGACUUGGACUUGGACUUGGACUGGCAUCUAACCGGCUGCGCGCUUCUUACCGACGAGGAUCAUGGUGUCCUUGACGAUUCGGAUCGGCGACGAUGAUGACAACCGGCGUUUCAGGUGCUCUUGACCUACACCGGCCGCAGCGGCAUCUUGUAUGUCUACACGUACUCCUCUUCCACAGACAGUUGGAGCCCGCCCGCCAGGUGUCAACCGACUUCAUACCUCGCCAGGUGUGGACCGUUUGCUGGUGUCGUUGCCCGUGGCACCGCGCACUGGUUGUACAUGGACGAGACAAGUUUCUACACGCUCAAUGCAUGCGCUGCCACGACACAUUUUUCUUUCACCAAGAUCCCUAUCAAUGUCCAUGCCGGUGAGCAGUGCCGACCACCGUGUCCAUGUGUCAAUGAAAACGGAAGGUUUUCGUUAGUCAGUAUACGAAACCAUGGCGUGCUAGAGCUUUGGACCAAGCAAGGACAAGAUGACGAUGAUAAUGGCCACGAGAAUGGCAAGGGAGGGUGGUUGCGCUCCGACCUGAUAAAUCUCGGAAGCGAGGAGAAAAUAAACCUCGUCUUCUUCGCCGAGAGGAGAGCUGCGCUGCUCGUCAAGCGGCGCGGUGCAUUUUUCACCAUUGAUCUCAAGAGUAAGAAGAAGGCAUCCAUUGAUCUCAAGGGCGAGGAAACGGAGCAUUUCAAGGGCACAUACAGGUUUGAGCAUUUUGAUAAAAUAGCACACCUUUCCUGGGACUUUGCUUCAAUAGCACAUUUUUCUUGUUAUUAG